UAUAACAAAUCAUGAAUGACCAAAGAGAUCAACCAUGUCAUUUAUAAGUUUAUUCAUACAACAACAACAUCAAUGGAUCGCAUGCGUUUUCCAACAAUGAGUAAUCAAGACAAGCACGGUGCAAGUGAACAAUGGACAACUGUAGCUGACAACAUUGAUCACGAAUUUUAUCUAGUUCAUGGCCUGCAGCCCCAUGAAAAUUAUCAUUUCAGACUUGCUUCCAGAAACCAAAUUGGAUGGAGUCAAAUGGGAAUACCUACACACGUAAGAACAUCGGGAGAUGAGGCCCCCAAAAUAACUAUAACCAAAUCUAUGAAGCAUCUGCAACAACUUACAGAAAGUGGCCAUGAAAUUGUUUCCGAAGAAAGAAAAGUCCACGUAGACUAUCAACUGGAACGUGAAUCCCUCAGUUGGAUAACCGACUCUGACAUAAGUGAUAAAUACAGCUUUAUUUCCGAAAUUCAUCGAGGUAAAUUCAGUACUGUUGUUAAGGGAAUUCAAAAAUCGACAAAUGCCAUGAUUGUGGGUAAGAUCUUCGAAGUCGAUAAAAACAACGAAAAUGCUAUUCAAAACGAAUUCGAACAUUUGAGAACUCUUCGUCAUGAAGGGAUAGCUUCUCUAUUUGCUGCAUUCAGCCCUCCAAAUCUACCAAUUAAAAUAUUUAUUAUGGAGAAACUUCAGGGUGCUGAUAUUCUAAAUUAUUUCAGCAGUAGACACGAAUACACAGAGCAAAUGGUUGCAACUGUUAUAACACAGCUUUUAGAUGCAUUACAAUACCUUCACUGGAGAGGUUUUUGCCACCUUGACAUUCAACCCGACAAUAUUGUCAUGGCAACUGUGCGUUCAGUGCAGAUUAAGCUCGUAGAUUUCGGAUCAUCAAGGAAAAUCUCAAAACUAGGUGGUACUGUUCCUGUUUGUGGACUUCUCGACUAUCAAUCUCCAGAAAUGAUAAAUGAAGAAUUUGUAAUGCCUCAAAGCGAUAUUUUGUCGGUGGGAGUUUUAACUUACAUCCUUUUAUCUGGGUCGAGUCCGUUUAGAGGAAAUGAUGAUACUGAAACCCGGCAGAAUAUUACAUUUGUUCGUUAUCGUUUUGAAAAUUUGUAUAGUGAAGUUACCCCAGAAGCGACACGGUUCAUUAUGUUCUUGUUUAAGCGAAACCCAAGCAAACGUCCUUACUCUGAGGAAUGUCUUGAACACAGGUGGUUGGCUGCAUCGGAAUACAUGAACAAGAAGCGUGAGAGAUCUGUAUUCUUUGGAAAUAGACUAAAGGAAUUCUCUGAUGCCUACCACGCUGAAAAAGAUGCAGAGGCAUCUUCUUCGGAAAACCUGGCUGCAUUGGGUAGUGGACCCACAAAAAGACAACUUUUAAGAUCUAAUAGUAUCCAAGAUGAGUUGAUGACAACCUUUUAAAACAGACUUAUUUUCGUGCGUUUAAUGAAAAAGCUGUUUUGAUGUGCAAAUCAAACAAUGUAACGAAAAACUGUGAAAACAAAAAAAUAAAUGAUUUUAUUUUAACUUUUAAUAAUUAUAA